CGGGAAUCGCAGGCGUCGAAGGCCGGAGCGGAGCGUUCGAGCUGUUCCGAUCCGAGGCGCGUCUGCAAGGACGACGGUCUCGACGUCAUGCCAGACGAAGCCUUCCGACCCCGCCUCCGACAACGAGGAGCGACAUUCUUCGAGCAUUAGUUCCGCAAUUUGGCGUCCGAUCGAGCUCAGUUUAAUGCGCACAUGCCCGAGUUAUCGCAGGGUCGUCUCGGCCGAGGUCUGUCAGCAGGAAUUGGACAGCGCUGAAAUCCACCGCAGUCCUCCAAUCUCCUCAUCGCGACUUGCCAAUUUGGAAACUGCGUUUCUACACGACACGGUGUCUCAGAGCAGGCUGUUCAGUGAAUUUCAUCAAAGGCUUGAGCAGUCUUAGACGAUCGGGGUCUCUGUGCCAUCAGGUUGGUUUGUUCGAGGUCUCGAAAUCGGAAUUUACUCGGGCACAGGAACGGGAAGGUCGGUUUGAAGGGCGGGCUUUGAGAAGGGAAGAGCGCAGUGCGGUCGGCGAAAAAUUCUCUUGAAGCACGAAAUUACAAGGAGGCGGGAUGGGGGACGAUGGGUUUGGUUCUGUCGCUCCCGCGCAGGUCAGGACGAGAGCGAUCAACGUGAAUGAGCAAUGCAAGACUCCUGUCGCUGGUAGAACACCGAGUGGUGCGCAGAGCAUUACCCCGUCCAGGCCGAAAACUCCGCUGAGAUUGUUGAUGUCGCCCGGGCUUGCGUUGUUGAGUCCGAAUGAUGACGAAGAAGAGAGGGCUAUGGCGCGAGCUGCCCGAGCAAGGGCGCAAAGACGGUCUCUUGGAUUGGAGAAGGAUAGGGCCGGUUUGGGAACGCCCUCCCUUGUGUCUGAACCAGAUAACAUACUGAGUCACGACGCUUUGAAGAAUCUGCUGCAGAAUUGUCUGAAACUUUCAGCUGCAAAUAAAAUAAAUCAAGGCAAUACGUGGGAUUUGAAACUCAUUGAUCACUUGAGUGACCUGGUUAAAAACGACAGUGAGGAUGAAGGUCGAACGAAUUUUCAAAUGGCAAGUUGCACACUAGAAACAGGAGUAAAAAUCUAUUCGUACAGAGUGGAUUCUGUACAUUCUGAGGCAUACAAGUUGAUGGGAGGCCUUAGCCGCAAUGCUAAUGACACUUCAAGGACAGAGGCCAGUAACAAAUCUCAUAACGAGAACGAGAAUGACUUCAACCAGGAGUCCAAUCCAGCGGCUACCGGCCCGAGGAAGGUGACAGGAACAACUUUAGAAACUUCAUACGAGGCUUUGAAUGCUAAAAAGAUUGACGUGGCCUUCAAUGUGGACCCCCUUUUCCAUCAAACAUCCGCCCAAUUUGACGAAGGUGGGGCAGGCGGCCUUCUUUUGAACAACUUGAGUGUUUAUCGUGGAUGCGAGAUCGUUUUUGAUUCUCAUGAAGUGCCUGAAAAGGUUAUGAAAUCUGAAGCCGCAGCUGCGGCUUCCAACGCUCAAACAACUCCUAUUGACCUGUCUUUUAUGAAAGAAAGCAUAGACCAGAUGAUUUCUCUGCUCUCGAAGGAGACAGAGAUUACACCGACGUUGAGGGACAUUCUUAAACUCAUCUCUGAUCCAAGUCGAGCAGUAGCCGAAGCUGAGACGAACCAAAGUUAUCCAGCAAAUGGAACAACCGGAGAUGCCUCUACAUUCAGUCCUAGUUUUGAUACGAUGCAAGAUGAUGCGGCACCACUACAUGAUCCCGGUGAAGUUGACGACCAUGUGUACGAGGGACUCGAUGAUUCGUCUAUUAACGGAGGCCUCGAUGCUCUCAGUCCUCAUUCCGAGGCUUGGGGUAAUAACGACCAUGGACUAGAUUUCGAAGGUCGAGAUCAGGAGUUUAUCGAUGAAGGCGAAAUAGACAGACCAGGUGGGGAUUCUUGGGGUCAAGAUCCCUUGGGCUGGCUAACAGUGGGUGAUGGCUUGCUGGGAAGGUGUAAUGACUGGGCAGGGCCUGGUCAUUGGAAAUACGCAAAGCCCAAAAGUAACAUGAAGUCUGAUUCCACAGACAGUCCAGAGAAACCGAAGAUCAAGCGCAAGAAGAAAGAGCCUUAUGUUAUUGAUUUUGAAAAUCUGCCUGAGAUUGACCGAUCUGCUUUCGAGCCUAGCAAGAAUCCGCGCAGCUCGUUCAUGCCACAUAGUUUAACACCUGCAAGUCUUUUGCUUCCUGAAGACUAUCACUUUGAGACCUCGAGUCUUCUGAAAUUUUUCUUGCGGCCUUCUACUCUGUGGUUUCGGAGAAAGACGAAAAUCAGUCCAGCAGGAAGAGGGAGCACUACGCCUGAAGACUUCACGACUCUGUUCACAGAAGCGAGGUGGGACGACGACGCUCAUGAAGCUACAAAUGACUGGAGCGACGGUAAUGCUCACAGUGAUGUCGACGAUGGAAUUGAUAUGGUCUCUCAACCACGGAAGGUUCAAAAAAUUGAAGUGAACUAUGACAAGCAUUCGAAGCAAGUUGAUGUGCGGGUUCUGAAGCAAGUGCUCUGGAAGCAACUGCAGGGCGGUUCUGCAGUACUUGACCAGGAGGACAAGAACGAGGAGAUGGACGAAAAUGGACUGUCCUUCCAAGACAUUCUUAAACACAUACCAGAUGAUUGCCCUGCCGCUGCCCGAGAAGACAUUUCCGUCCAUUUGUGCUUUAUAUGCCUUCUUCAUCUUGCGAAUGAACGGAAUCUUCGACUGCAGGAUUGCCCUAGUAUGGAUGAUCUUCGUGUCUUCAAUAUUCAGCAAGAUAGCUAGGUUGGGAUCUAUCUCACAUAGUUUUCUUUACGGAAACUGAGCGAUCCACUUCUUUACACUCCAUUUUCGCUGUACAUACGUUCUUACUGUUGUAAAGUUGAAGGCAGUAUUAGAGUCUCUGCCGCCACUUCCUUGCAGUGCUGAGGAUCCAGCGGAUUGCUUUACUUUUCGAUUAUGUGAGCAGUCCCAGUAGUUGCAAGGUGGCAUCUUGUACUCCUUUGUCAUCGACAGAGCCCCUUUAUUAUCACUCAGUUCGUCUAGGUCUUUGACUCCAUGUUUGCCAGGUCAUUGAGAUUCACUGACGAACUCCCAGAGAUUAACGAAGACGAUAAGCUGUGUCGGAGAGAUUUCGGAAACCAUGUGAAUGAUACAUCCUCAUUCAUUCAUGGAAAACUCCAUGUGAAGCUCAAGU